CCUUCCUCCCUCGAAAUCUGCCGACGUCAACAAUCCUCAGUCGCUUGACACGGUCUGCUCGAGGAGGACGUUCGCCGGCAAUUGCAAGAAGAUGCGUCUGGUUAUCUUGGACGAUGCAGGCAGAGUGGCUGAGUGGGCAGCGAGAUACAUCAUCAAACGGAUCAACGACUUUAAACCAGGCCCGGAGAAGUUCUUUGUCCUUGGCUUGCCCACAGGAAGCACUCCAUUAGGCACCUACCAAAGACUAGUUCAAUAUCACAAAGCUGGAAAGAUAUCAUUCAAAUAUGUCAAGACCUUUAACAUGGACGAGUACGUUGGUAUCCCAAGGGACCACUCCCAGAGCUAUCACACCUUCAUGUGGGAGAAUCUCUUCAAGCACAUAGAUAUUGACCCUGCUAAUGCACACAUUCUGGACGGCAAUGCACAGGACCUGGAGAAAGAAUGUCAGUCGUACGAGAAGAAGAUUAAGGAAGCCGGUGGGAUUGAGUUAUUUAUGGGAGGUAUUGGUCCAGAUGGCCACAUCGCUUUCAAUGAGCCAGGCUCUAGCCUUGUAUCGCGAACCCGUGUCAAGACACUCAACCAGGAGACCAUCACUGCCAAUGCCCGUUUCUUUAACAAUGACAUGUCAAAAGUUCCAAAGCAGUCACUUACUGUGGGUGUUGGGACAGUUAUGGAUGCCAGAGAGGUAAUGAUCCUUAUCACGGGAUCACACAAGGCCUAUGCCCUUCACAUGGCGAUUGAAGAAGGGGUCAACCACAUGUGGACUGUGUCGGCAUUCCAGCAACACCCCCGCACCCUCAUGCUGUGCGACGAGGAUGCCACUCUUGAGCUGAAGGUCAAGACAGUCAAGUACUUUAAGGACUUGUGGUCAGUGCACAGCAAGCUCAUUGACGACCCAAUGAUGGCAUCGUUCCAAGAGUGAAGGAGGAGGAAGCCGUUCCGUGCUUUUUCGCAGAGAUUGUCGCAGCGGUGGUGGUCAUUCAUUUCUUUGGGUGAAGGCUUAAUGAUAACCGAUUUUGAAAUCAUAUUCCAAAUAUGGUAAUGGUGCUAUUGAUCAUUGAGUAAGAUUGAAGUUUUAUUUUUGAUGGAUUAUUUUUUUGAAAAAUCAAUAUCUUUUGAUAAUAAUCGCAUAUUGAUAAAGAAACCUUUUGGAAAUGAAAGUCAAAAGGGAAAUUGCUUACGAGAUGAUGAUAGCAUUUAACAUAUUACAGCUGAUGCACUGACUUUGUGAUGUUUGAUAUCUGUAUUUUUUUUUUUUUUUUUUCAUUU